AUGCGCUACACUGUCCCGAUUGCGUUCAGCGGAUCUCGCGCAAAUAAUUUGAGGCAAAAAGCCUAUGCGGCCAGCAACGCGGCCAUGUUGGCAAGGCACCGAGCUCGUCAGCAGGCGGCUCGCCGUGGAGCUGAUCAAGUGGCCGUAUCUGAACCUCUUGACCAAGACGAAAUACUUGAACCAGCUUACGACCAUGAAAUCCCCCCCGACAACACUCCUGACGACCAAACUGAAGACGAAGAGGAUCAGUGGGUCACCUUGACUGAAGAACCACCGCCAAAUCCAAUUGACGAGGCGAUCGCUUCCAGAAUGGAAGCGCAUCGACGGGAAGCCAGACUCUUCAACUCGUCGGUCGUCCUGAGGCUGUUACAUCCAAUGUACAUUGCGCUGAAACAUAAAACGCAGAAUUGGGCAGGCCCCGAAGCAGCAAAUUCCUUUGUAAAUUGUCGUUGUCUGCCGCAUACUCUGACCAAGAGAUACGUGGAUUUAGUCGAUAUUAUCGGUCAGCAUAGGGUCAAACUGUCGUUCUGUUGCUGCACUCCCGAUGCAGUCCGAUUGAUGCAGCAAGGCUACCUCGCGGGCUCCCCGAUGCAACCCCAGACAGCGUUCUCGAUGCGUUUAAUGAUUUUUCAUAACGAUUUAUGGGAACCAUUGUCAUACUGGCUUGAGCCUCGAACGGGUCGGCUCUUCGCCAAAAUUCGAGAAAUUUCCUUCGCUUACCAGUUUCCCUUCGUGCAGGCUCGUGACCUUCGCAAGCCGUUCUCUGCGGCCAUCGAUAUGUACCGGGAGCUGAACGACAUGUCACACAACAUGAUUAUGUCCUCCUUGCAACUCACAGAACAGCAGCAACUUGCUUCCGUGUCAUGCCCCGCUUGCUUUGGUCCGCAGCCACCAAAUGCAAACCAGUACCCCACCGCCACUCGAGACCGUUUGAUAUUAUGCUUAGAUGGAAACUUUCAACACCGCCAUCACUCCAAGGCCAGCCGGGACGAAACGAUUCGGGCACAUCGUUUUUUUCUUCAACAGAACGAAGUGGAAAACAUGAAGGCAGAGAUCAGGCUAAAGGAGUUGGAGCAUAAGCCCCCGGCCCAGGUGCAUUGGUCAACUUGGUCCCUUACUCCUACUCAAUGUUGGUUUUGCCCUCUAACAUUCGCUCUUUUUUUUCUUCUCCAUUACAUUAUCGAUCUCUCCAAGGCUGAUCGCUGCGCGGACGCACAUAAAGCGGCCGACGAUAAACGAAACGAAUCGACGUGGAAGGGAUGCGAUGACACGGGAUUGAUGGGGUGUUGUUGUCGUCACGAUUCCGUUGUCUAUGUUGCGAAUAUCUAUAAGUCUGGCGAGCAGAGGAGUCUCCCCUGUGCACUGAUCAAGAAGGUAUUAACAGCUAUUGAACCAAACCGACAAGUUGGUGUCCUAUACGAUAUUGGAUGUUCUCUUAACAAAUUCAUUUCAAUUCGCAAUCUUUUUGGUAGCGAUUGCAGUCGGAUCAAAUUUGCAACCUCAAUAUUUCACGCUUACGUCCAUAACUGGAUGUGUCAACUGGAAUACAACCCACGAUACAAUGUCGGCUGGGGCUUAUCCGACGGCGAAGGACUUGAACGAAUGUGGGCUUAUCUCUCUCCUCUCGUCAGUCCAUUACGCUACGCAACUCGCAAUCACAGGCUCGCAGCAAUCUCUCAUCGGCUGAAGUAUCACAACUUCAGGGGGCAUAACCAACUAGCCCUCUGGCUAAAGAGGAAGUUCAACAAUGCAGUUAAACGGCGCCAAGAAACUCGGACAAUCUUGGGUGGCCUGCUUGGCCAAACUAACCGCCAUGAGCAUAAUGGCGGCGUUUUCACAACUAAAUUUUUCAAGCGCCAAUGGAAAGACCAACGACAAUUUCAGGCCAACCACACAGAAGAGGAGAACGAUCGAAAACUUCGUUUGGUUAAGCUUUAUAAAGAUGAAGCAGUCCUGGACUUGCUGAGGAACCGGCUCAUGGGCCCGGAAGUGUUCCUCGCAACUGAACAGCAAGUUUCGGAGCUCCUUGACACUAUCGCAAAGAAGACCGAGACUCUCAAAAAGGAAGCCGAAGAGUUGUAUAGGUCCUACUCUACUGCCGAAGGCACGGAAAGGAAUGACGAGGAGCGACUUUUGCUCUUGCUUUGGGAUGCUAAGUCAGAGCUAUUCGUGCACGCUGUCCAUUUGCAUGCCGAGUAUCAACCAAUCGUCAAUUCGAGAACAAUCGGUGCGCGGUUGGGUACGAAGUUGAAGGAGAAAAUCUUCAAAGCAAUUAAAGCACGUCGACCAGCGAUCCAGAAAAGCAUUGAUAAUUUCAACCGAUGCUCCAAAAACUUCAUAGCCAAAUUCCCCGACCAAGCACCAUCAGGCUUCCAAGGCAAUUUGUCUUAUGAGGUUUUUGAAGCAUUACCAUUGGACGACUCGUUCUGGAACGAUGGAUUCUACUUUCACUCAAAGGCUCCUUGGGCGGUCGACCCGGAGGUUCGAACAGGAAUCAAUUGCAUACUUAUCUUGAGCAGGAUUCAAGAAGAAUUCCAGCUGAUCGCCCAAGAAUUGGCUCGGGCCGUUGGUUGGGCAGUUGCACACUAUGAUCAUCUUACAAAGUUCAUAGUCUACCUCUUGGAUCGACACAAUCUAUUGAAAAAACUCAACAAAUCGGAACCGAGCGUGAGCGUCGAGGAACAACUGCGCUUGGUACCCACGGAUCAUAUUGAUCAGAUGCAUCUAGGUGGAGUCGGCAGACUACUGAAGAUGAAGAUGGUACGGUACGAAUUGGAAUCUCAGCUUCUGUUGCAUGAGACGCUUGUGGAACAGUGGUCGAACGAUAUUGUAUGGCUUUGGGAUAGGUGUCAACCGCUACCUAAUAAGCCACAUAUCACACAGUGGCACGAUUUACUUAUAAGAAUUCACCUUCGCAAGCAAGGGUCUGCUGAUGAGGUGAAUGGGGUUGAUGAGCAUUUGGAAGAGGCGGUUCUGGAGGAGGGGGCACUGGAUGGUGAAGAUGCUGAUGACGAAUGGAUAAAUGAGACUGAUGCGGCUGGUGAUGAGGCGGACGCAGGGGAUGCACGUGGAUUGUAG